GACCAAUUCUCCUUUUUUGGACUAUUUGUAUGACUGACCAAAUAGACGUGAAUAUAAGUUGGAAAAGUAAUCAAAAAAACAGUCUUCUCCAACCCCAGCUGCUCCUUAUAGACUAUGACUAUCAUAAACCCCCAAAAAUACCUUCAUUUUCAACAUAUUGUCCCCACCCAGCUCUCCUAAGUUGGAGCCUUCUGCCAUGGUUAUUAAACUUUAACAUUAAGUUUCCCCUCUUCCUAACAUAUAGUAUCUUCAACCCCUUUCUUCCUUCUUUCACCACAAUAUCAGCUUUUCUCUUCAUCCAUGGACUCUCAUCAAAUUGUUGCCAAGUCCAAACACCGCCACUAUUACUCUGCUUUCCCUUCUUGUUUUCGACGCCCUAUUGAAGUGGCUGCGGCCGCCACCGCUCGUCCUCUUGCUCUGCCGCAGCCACCAGUUGCUGCCAAUCCCAACCUUGCCACCUCCCUCUACAUCACCCACCCUGGCCUCUUUGCUCUCACUUGGUCCCGCAACCUCUUCGGCAGAUCUUUUCACAUCCAUUUCCUCCUCAACGAAUCUGAUGGGGUUGUUCAUGACUGCAAUACUAUGAUCUCUUCUCCUCAUCUAUCCCCUUCUUUCCAUCUUCACAUCAAGCCCUUUGUUUUCUGGAAGAAACAGGGCUCCAAGAAGCUCGAUAACAAUGUUCACAUCUUUUGGGAUCUUUCCAAAGCGAAAUUCGGAUCUGGUCCUGAACCUCGAUCUGGAUUCUACAUCGCCGCUAUCGUUAAAGGCGAAAUGGUUCUUCUCGUCGGUGAUUUACCAAAAGAAGCUUAUGCAAGAACCCGAGUUCGAAAGCCAGAGAAGAAUAGGAAUCCGACUCCAAACAUGGUGGUGAGGAGGGAACAUGUCUGUGGGAACAAACUGUACAUAACAAAAGCAAACUUUGGUGGAAAAGAGAGAGAAAUCUCAAUUGAUUGCAGGAUUGGGGAAGAUCCAAGGUUGUAUUUCAGCGUGGACAACCAAAGGGUGUUGCAGAUUAAGCACUUGAAAUGGAAAUUCAGAGGAAACGAGAGGAUUGAAGUAGAUGGGGUUCCAGUACUGGUCUCAUGGGAUGUCUAUAAUUGGUUGUUUGAUGAUGACGAAGAUGGCUAUGCUCUUUUCAUGUUCAAAUUUGAGAAAUCAAGUUUGGAUGAGCAAUUCAAUAAUGGAAUUCAGAUGUGGUCCCAGCAAUCUUGUGGAUUUGGGUUCGAGACGAAGAUGAUGAAGAAAGGCGUAUUGAGAAGUUCAUCUUCUUCAUCUUUAUCUUCAGCAUCUUCAAGUUGUAGCUCUGUAAUGGAGUGGGCUAGCACGGAAGAAAAUGAAUUGAAGGAUCCUUCUGGAUUUUCUUUACUGGUUUAUGCUUGGAAGACCUGAAUUUCAUUAAAAGCUUCAAUGAUUGGUACUGAUCUACUAACUUAUGUGUUUUCUUUGAAAUUUAACUAACCCCAUUAAUCAUGUAAAAUAUGCUGUAGCAGAAUAAACCAGGAAAUUAAUAGGUGUAUGUAUAGCAUAGAAUUUAUCCAUCUCUGUCUAGCUGCUACUAACAUUGAAUGCAACUGAAGAAUGUGCUACUAGUAACCAGCUACACUAUUCUAUUUUUGUUUUUCUUUCUCUUAUUGUUUUUGAGUGAAUGGUGAGUUUUUAAUUAAUUAGAGUGGAUCUAUUGUAAUAACGCUUUUUGAGAAAAAAUAUAAA